UCCAGCGGCGGCUAUGCAUUCAGAUCACGUGGAAAGUCAGCUGACUCCAGCAUAAACAGGAAAAGGAAGUUAUACUUCACCAAACUAUUCAUGUAAAAAAGCUCAUUCGUGCCCGUGUUUUGUUUAUUAAGAAAAGGCGUCACGCUCGGAAGAUGUUUGGGGGGGACGAUGAAGAGGGGGACUUCUUGUCUCCCACAGGAGGGGCCAAGUUGGCCUCCCUGUUUGGACUAGACCAGGAAGGCAGCCAGGGCAACGAGUCCUUCCAGUAUACAGCACCGAAACAGCCCAGAAAGACCUCCAGUCCAGCGCCAGCCAGCCAGAAACCAGCCCCCCCAUCGGCUGCUCCUGCAGUGUUGUUUGCUACAGCAGUGCAGGCCUUCAGAUAUAUGAACGGACAGUAUGUGAAGCAAGGGAAGCUUGGAGCGGCCGUGCUAGGAAACCACACAACAAAAGAGUAUAAGGUGCUUCUGUACCUGAGCCAACAGAAACAAGUGGCCGCCGCCAAGAUCCAUGUGGGCUUUGUUUUCACGGUACAGCCAAACAAUUACUGCACUUUCUAUGACGAGCAGAGGCAGAACUGGUCCCUAAUGUUUGAAUCUGACAAGGCUUCAUGGGACUUCUGCAAAGAGGUGUGUUUGGCCAAAGUGAACAGUGAGGUCGCCUUGGAGGCCGUGGUGGUUCAGGAUCUGGGUCUUGGUGAAGGCCAGGCAGUGGAGAAUGGAGACUCGUUGGAGGUGGUGUACACAGGCUGGCUCCUGCAGAACCACGCCAUUGGCCAGAUGUUUGACUCCAACCAGAACAAGGACAAGUUGUUGCGACUGAAAAUAGGAGCCGGGAAAGUGAUUAAGGGCUGGGAGGAAGGGAUGCUCGGGUUGAAGAAGGCCGGCAGACGUCUCAUCGUCGUCCCACCCAACCAGGCGUACGGAUCCAAAGGGAUCCCCAACCGCGUCCCGGCGAACAGCACCCUGGUUUUUGAGACCGAGCUUCGACGGGUAAAGUUUUCCAAGGACAACGGGUCUGUUAGUGGCAGUGCCAGCUCCAGAAGCUCAGCUGCUCCCUCCCCAGCCCCCAGUGUGGAGAAUCUGGCUGCAGAGGUCCCGGCGCAGACUCUGUCCUCCGGUCCUGGUAGACCAUGCGAACCACCACUUCGUGCAAAGUCCAACUCCCUCAGUGAUCAGUUGGCAAAUCCAGACGCCACGAAGGCCAAGCUGAUCUCUCGCAUGGCGAAGAUGGGCCAGCCCAUGUUGCCCUUUCUGACCGGAGGAGCCAACCAGCCCGAAUCCAGUGAUUCUGAACUUGAGGACACCAGUGGCAGCAGAGCAAAGGAUCCGCCUGCCGCUCCAUCUCCAGUGCAGAUCUCCACUUCGGCUCAAGCUGCAGCACACGUAAAUCCUCAUUACACUGCUCCACCUUCUGCCUUACAUCCACUAAUGACCACGGCUGUCCCACAGCCUGCGCUGCCGGGGAGCGGCCAUGCCUUUCAGCCGUACGCCUUGGCUCCAUCUCAGCUGCAGCCUGUGGGCCAUGUGUACCCUGCACAAACCAUCCCAUACAUGGGCUCCAGUGAUGUCACGUCCUUCCUGAUGACUGAGGCCCGGCAACACAACACAGAGAUCCGGUUAUCUGUUGGAAAAGUAGCAGAUAAAGUUGAACAACUGGCCUCAAAGAUAGAUGACCUUCAAAGGCAGGGGAGUGUUUCCAACGGUGUUCCUAAUAUGUCAAUGGAAACCUCCAUGAUCAUGCACAACAUCCAGAGGAUUGUCCAGGAAAACGAAUGCUUAAAAAAGGAAGUCUUUGAGAAAAGCUCACGCAUUGAGGAGCAAAACCGUAAGAUUGGGGAGCUCAUCAACCACAACCAGAGGUAUGUGGAGCAGAGUAACCUGCUGCUGGAACAGAGGAACGACUCCCUCAAGUCCUCCAGCGAACACAACCAGGCCCGUCUGCUGCAGGCUGAGCAGGACAAGGUCCGUCUCACGGAGGAUCUGGCCUCGACCACGGCCCAGCUGUCUCAGCUGCAGCUGGAGGCUACGGCUCAGCAGCAGAAGGCCUCGGUGCUGCAGAGUGAGCUGAGCACAGCGCAGCAUGACGGCGACAGGCACAGACGACACAUCUGUACCAUAGAAACACAGCUGGAAGAGCUGAAGGGGGCAGCAGAGAGCCUUCAGACUCAGUACCGCUCCGAGAAGCAAAGACGCAAGGAGAUGGAGCUCAGAGUCAACAACCUGGAGGAGGAACUGCUGGACCUAAAGACCGACAAAGAGAGCCUAGAACGAAUGUUCUCUGAGAGGAAGAACAAGUGGCAGGCUGAGCGUCAGCGCCGGGCUGAGGAGGGAGAGGAGCUUCGUCGGAGCAGCCAGCAGGAGGUGGACAACCUUCGAGCUCAACUCCACAGUGCCAGGACCAGUACAGACAGCACGACAUCGGACCAGUUGUCUCAGCUGGAGGAGGACUGGAAGGGGAAGUGUGAGCAGAUGCUGACCUCUGCGAGAGAACAGCACAGUCGGGAGCUGACGGAGCUGACGGAGAACAGAGAUGCUCUGCAGGACCAGCUAACGCAGCUACAGGCUAAGUUUACAGGUCUAAAGCAGUCAAGAUAUUUAGAGGAAAAGACUUUGCUACAACACCGAGGGGAGACCGAAGAGCUGCAAGCCCUUCAGAAAAAAUACGCAGCCUUGGAGCAGCAAGGAGUAGCUGUAAGGGAGAAGCUGGAAGGAAGAGUGGCUGAACUGGAGAAGAAGCAGGCAGAGCAGGAGAGUUCAGGAGACACUGCAGCCGAGGUGAAGCGUGUGAUGAACGGAGUGUUUCACUCUCUGCGGGCGGAGUUUGACCUCGCAGAAUCUUACAGUGGGCAGGCUGUGCUGGGGCUGAUAGUCACAACUAUUAAGAAUGUAACCCUGCAGCUUCUGGUUGGCACUGACAGAGCUUCACCGAGACAGAGUAAGGACAGCGAGGAAGAAGAAAGUGCUGAUGUGAAAGGCAGACAGGAGACUGUACUCAAUGUACAUAUGAAUGGUGACAAAGGAGUCAGAGAGGAAAAACACAAUGAGGCCGAUUCAGUUCCUGUCAGUGAGACCCAGAUGGAUCAGGAAGGAGCAGCAGAGAAGGAGACGGAGACACUAACUGAGUCAAAGACACAAAGCCAGACGGAAGCAUUAGAGGUCACUGAACCGAAGCCGGAAGAGACUGUUGAGUCUGAAGUCCUGCGGGAGACAGCCGAGUCUGAAGUCCUGCGGGAGACAGCCGAGUCUGAAGUCCUGCGGGAGACUGCCGAGUCUGAAGUCCUGCGGGAGACUGCCGAGUCUGAAGUCCUGCGGGAGACUGCCGAGUCUGAAGUCCUGCGGGAGACUGCCGAGUCUGAAGUCCUGCGGGAGACUGCCGAGUCUGAAGUCCUGCGGGAGACUGCCGAGUCUGAAGUCCUGCGGGAGACUGCCGAGUCUGAAGUCUCUAUGGAGGGAAAACCACCUGAUGAUGGACAGGAAACUGUGUUGGAAAUAAAUGGAGACCAGGAAGAAGAAAUGCAUGGGGCUUCCCAGAAAGCCUUUGGACCUCCUACCAACCCUCCUCCACCCCCAAACCGCUCAAGAGAGGACACAAGUCUGACUGGGAGAGUGGGUGAGGAAAAUGGAGAGGAGCCAUUUUUCCCGAUCACAACUCCUGCCAAGCGGCCUGCAGCACCCAGCGAGGAGGAAGAGGAGGAGGAUGAGAUGAGCUUGAAGGGGCGCCCCCCUCCUACCCUUCUCUUUGGUGAUGACGAUGAGGAGGAUAAUGAUUUGGACUGGCUGAACUAACCUCAUACUGUCUGGUGGAGAAGUGAGGGCCAAAGUGAACCUGAUUGGACGGAGACAGCGGGCUGAAGAGAGACGCUGCUGCCACAGGGACGAGUCCAGCCUGUAAUUCAGAUGAAUCAAAACAAAUACGUUUGAUUGACGAUAGGCUUUCUGUUGUUCGUGGAUGUCAAUCCCUGUUUUUACAUUGCACUGUAGCGGAUCAGUCUGUUGAGUCAGCAGGAAUCCUGUUUUAGUUAUUAGCUCGCUGCUUUCACAAUAGAACUUUGACAGAAUUUUGCUAACAUGAAAUUCCUUCUAUCAAAUAAAUGACAUUUAAAUUAUGGUCUUGGCUUUAUUGUUCCCUCGGCCUGUAAAAAU